AUGAUCAAUGAAAAGAGAAAAAUUGUCUUAAUACUGGAUAAUGCGAGCUGUCACAGAAAUACAGAAUAUUCCAAUGUUUAUUUACUUUUUCUUCCCAAAAAUACGACCGCUUUAAUUCAACCCCUAGAUAUGGGAAUAAUAAAAUCCUUCAAGUCCCUCUAUUUCAAUAAACUGAUUGAUUUUACUCUUAUAUUUGAAAAAGAACAGCUUUCUGAUUUGAAUUUGAAUAAUGUCAAUCUUAGACAAGUCAUUACAGUUGUCGGGGAGGCAUGGAAAAUGAUGUCAGAGACAACGAUAAUUAAUUGCUGGCAGAAAAUAAAUGAAAACAGAUCAAAAAUUUCGGAUAAUGUACAGUUGGACGAAGAAUUAAUAGAUGACGUGAUUUCAGAUGUUAUUUCAAUGGAUUCGACAGAUAUUAUUGAGGACAAAAUUACUUAUGAUGGAUAUGAAUCUAAAAAAUCAUCAAUUAAAGAAAUCAUAAACAUCGUGAAUUCUCUAGAAGAUAAUAUUUUCAGUACAUGUCCACAAUUUUUGAAAAUCUACUACGAAUUUAGAAAAAACCUAUCAGGAGAACUGAAAAAAAACCAAUUCGGUGAGAAAAUUACUGAUUACUUUUAA